CGCACGUCCGCCCCGGCGCAUGCGCACGGGCGCGCUCAGUCCGGCCACCGAGGCGUGAGAAAACACUCUCAGCCACAUCAGAUGGUCCCUCUUCUGACAGCCCCUUUGCUUCAGGACACCCUGGGAGGAUCUCAUCUGUGAGGGCUGUGUGAGAGGACGUCUGCAGGAGAGAAUACCCUUCCUGCACAUCCUGGCUGGAGCAAGGCUUAUGUUGCAAGCUUUUAGGCAGGACGGGUUUUACUCACAGGAGUAAGAACACUACCGAGGCAGAGGAAUGGAGCGCCUGGCCUCCUUUGGUAGGUUCGCAGAUGACCCUUUCGAUAAGCCUCCAUGCCGAGGUUGCUCAUCGUACCUCACGGAGCCCUAUGUGAAGUGUGCUGAGUGUGGGCCUCCUCCCUUCCUCCUCUGCUUGCAAUGUUUCACCCGAGGAUUUGAAUACAAGAAACACCAAAGUGAUCACACUUACGAGAUAAUGACUUCAGAUUUCCCUGUCUUGGAUCCUAAUUGGACAGCUCAAGAGGAAAUGGCACUCCUAGAAGCUGUGAUGGACUGUGGAUUUGGAAACUGGCAGGACGUAGCCAACCAGAUGUGUACCAAGUCCAAGGAGGAGUGUGAGAAACAUUAUAUGAAACACUUUAUCAACAACCCCUUGUUUGCAUCUACGUUGCUGAACCUGAAGCAGGCCGAGGAGGCGCAGCACAACGAAACAGCCAUUCCUUUCCACCCUGCUGAUGAUCCCCCACGGCCUACGUUUGAUUCCUUGCUCUCCAGGGAUAUGGCUGGGUACAUGCCAGCGAGAGCAGACUUUGUUGAGGAGUUUGACAACUAUGCUGAAUGGGAUUUGAGAGAUAUUGAUUUUGUAGAAGAUGAUUCAGACAUUUUGCAUGCUCUGAAGAUUGCAGUUGUAGAUAUCUACCAUUCCAGGUUAAAGGAAAGACAGAGAAGAAAAAAGAUUAUAAGAGAUCACGGCCUCAUCAACCUCAGGAAAUUUCAGAUUCUGGAAAGGCGAUAUCCAAAGGAAGUUCAAGACCUCUAUGAAACCAUGCGACGAUUUGCCCGGAUUCUCGGCCCAGUGGAGCAUGAUAAGUUCAUUGAAAGCCAUGCAUUGGAAUUUGAGCUGCGAAGGGAAAUAAAGCGACUGCAGGAAUACAGAGCAGCAGGAAUCACCAACUUCUGCAGUGCCAGGACAUACGACCACCUGAAGAAGACAAGAGAUGAGGAGCGCCUGAAGCGCACGAUGCUCUCUGAGGUCCUGCAGUACAUCCAGGACAGCAGUGCCUGCCAGCAGUGGCUCAGUCGCCAAGCUGAUAUUGAUUCUGGCCUGACCCCCACGGUCCCAGUUCCUUCAAAUUCAGGCAGACGGAGCGCUCCACCGCUGAACCUCACGGGUCUCCCAGGGACAGAGAAACUUAAUGAGAAGGAGAAGGAGCUCUGUCAGAUGGUGAGGUUGGUCCCUGGAGCCUAUUUAGAAUACAAAGCUGCUUUAGUGAACGAGUGUAACAAACAAGGAGGCCUGAGACUGGCGCAGGCCAGAGCGCUCAUUAAGAUCGAUGUGAACAAGACCAGGAAAAUCUAUGACUUCCUGAUCAGGGAAGGGUACAUCACCAAAGCCUGAGGACAGACACGGGCGCUUGGGCUGGAGCAGACAGACGCGGAGCAGCUUUGAAGUCACUCUGACAGUGCUGAAAGGUUUUAACAGUGUUGAAUGAAGGACAUUUCCCUUUGUUUAAAAUCUUUUGGGGUUCUUUCUUUUGGUAAAAACAAGAAGGGAGCUGUGUUAAAUUGUAUGAAAACUGACAUCUCUUUGUCUGGUUUCCUUUUGACUCCACUGUUUAACACUGCUGUUGUCAGAAUUCCACUGCCACAUAGGGCUGGGAAGAAUCAUAUGCCAUAUGAGCCUAUCUUGAAUGUGAAUGGGCAUUCAUUUCUAACACCUCUUGUAACUGAAAAGAGAAGCGUGGUACUUUUAUGCUGGCAGUGACCCAGAAUAAGGACAGAAGAGCAGCACAUAAUGAGUCACACUUUGACUUUGUGUGAGUACAGGGGUACAGAGAUGCCAUCCCCUCCCUUCUUGUCCUCCCUCCUAAAGCAGUAGCAGCUUUCAAAGGAGAUGACACUUGCCUGAGGGUGUAAAAAUAGAGCCUGGAGUGGUCCGGUCUUUUUAACUUAAUUGUGACAAAGGAUGGGAAAGGACAUUGCAGGGCAGCUCCUCAACAGUUGUUGCUUUUAUGUGAUAUUAGCACAGAGCACAGCAGGAGAGCGCUGUACAAACCAAUAAGCUUCAUCUGCUCACUCCCUGAUUUGCAAUUGUCAAAUUCCAUCUAAUCCCUUGGUUUAAGUCUUUGUUACUCCUGCUUGCUGGAAAAGCUGGAUGUUACAACUAGAGCAGCCUUUUGGAACAUAAGGAUGAAGAUGCUCAGUGCAUCUCACUAAAGAGAGUAAGCAAGGAGCACAACAAACCACCCAGGGCACACUGCAGCCCUUCCAGGGCCUUACUCUCAUUACCCAGUUAAUCAACAAAGCAAUGAUGAGCUACAAGUUACUACACACGCACUCCCCACCCCGUCACAUCAGAUGAUCGCGACUUCAGUACAGACCAUUUGUGUUUGGAAACACAGCUGGAUGAUGAAGACUGUGCUUUUCAGAUGCAGCUAGACAGUAAAGUCUUUAUCAAAGAGCUUCCAUUCCAUUAAUGCUGCAGUAACAUCCCAUAAGUAACCUAACAGCCAAAGCAGGUGGGGUGUUGGUGCUCGCAAGUUUGGGAUCUCAUGGAAAAGCCUGAGCUACAACUGUAGUGAUGCCUACUUAAGGUUUCUUUCUCCAAGAGCAAUUACCCCGUGUACCCGAGGUGCCAUUGAAUGUGAAGUAUUCUGGUUUGUAAUAAAAUCAAAAUGACUUGAAACAACCUUA